AUGGCGGUCAACGUGCACUUCACCGGUCAGACGACCGAAAAUCUGUCCCGCAUCGAGCUGCUAGCCUGGGUUAACCGAUCGCUGCUGGCUGAGUUCAAGAAGGUGGAGGAGCUGUGCACGGGCGCCGCCUACUGCCAGCUAAUGGACAUCCUGUUCCCAGGCUGCUUACCACUGGCACGCGUCAAGUACUGCACCAACGUUGAGCACGAUUUCCUCAGCAACCUGCGCCUGUUCCAGAACGCGCUCGUGAAGCUGAAAGUUACCAAAACCGUGCCAAUCGAUCGGUUGGCGAAAGGUCGCUUCCAGGACAAUUUCGAGUUCCUGCAGUGGUUCAAGAAGUUCUACGACGCCAACUACGAUGGUAAGGAGUACGAUCCGCGAGCGGCACGAAACAACGCUCCGAUGGGGUACGGUACACCGAGCACCUUGCGACCAAGCCAGCGUAUCAACACGGGUUCUAUUAACUCACUCACAAUGGAGAGCACCACCGGAGGACAUGCGGGGAAACGGGCCGGCGAGACAAAUGGUUCCCAGGCACGCCUUCAGACGGUCGCGAAGAACGCAACUAAGAAUAGCAAAGGAGAAGGAGAUCGCCCGCACGCCGAAAGGAACCGAUCGCCAGCCGAUGUAGUGGCCACCAUGUUUGCUGAGAUCGAUGAACUGACCAUCAAAAUACAGAACGUUGAAAUGUCACGCGAAUUCUACUACCAAAAGCUGCUGCUCAUCGAAAACAUCAUCAACGAGAACCCCGAGGACGGUCAGGAUCUGUUUUGCGAGAAGGUAAAGGAAAUUAUGUACGCCAACGAGUAG